CGUUUCCUCGCUCUCCCGGCGCCUGGGAACCAUGGCCUUCUCUGCCUCUUCUUCUACCUCUCUUUCAACCUCGCCCUCUUCCCACUCCAUACCUCACCCUCGCGAGACGGGUCCGACGCCGGAAUCUCUUCAUUGUCUACCCCCGCGAGGUCUCGGUCGCAUCGAGGAUCCCAUUUUCACCACUCGCACUCAUCCAUCUUUUUUUGGUGCUCGGCGCUGCCGCGCUCUCACUCACACGCUCCUUCUCACACGCGCGCUCGCAUGACGGUCUGGGCAUGCCUUCGCUUGCUGUCCGCCUCCAACCCACGAUCGCGAAGUGAGCGGCUGGUGCCAUGGCACAGCAAAAUGAAACCAAAGCCACAGACUCGGACGCACAACAACCAGGAGCGUCCGAGUCGCUGAGGGCUUCUGCUGGCUCGGAUCCUGGAUCCAAAGAAGGGGGCGCCGAAAUGGCGGCGCCGUACGGCACUCGCUCUCGCAAUAGGACGGGUAAUGCCCGCAUCAACUACGCAGAGGAUAAGGACAUUGAGAUGGACAACUACGACUACUACCAUUCCAAGACCAACCACGACGGCAGCGGCAAGAAGCUGUCGCGACAAAGCACGGCGGCUGCGAAUGGCGACGGUCCCCUUCGCGGCAGCGGGUCGCGCAAGCUGGGCUUGGAUGACGGCAAAUCGGCUGGGUCGUCCCAGAAUGGGUCCCGAGAACAGAGUUCGAGCAAUGGCGGCGGCGGCGGCAGCACUGGUGCAUUGCAGGCCGCGCAGGCAUCAGUCGCAUUGCAGCCCUCGUCGCGCAAGCGCAAGGCCACAGCAACGCAAUUGGCGACUGCAUCGACCAUGUCAUCACCAGCCGUCAUGUCGACAAAACGCAUCGGAAACACGAUGCAAGUCACGGGCCCGCCACUGCGAGAAACCAACCUCAUGACGUUUGAGCAGAGCAACGCCCGGCCGGAAAAUGGGCGGAUGAAAGCUGACGACGGGACGGUGCUGGAGCCAAAUGACCAUGUGUACCUCGUCUGCGAACCCCCCGGCGAGCCCUACUAUUUGGGCCGCAUUAUGGAGUUCUUGCACGCCCAGAACGACACGUCCAGACCCGUGGACGCGGUACGCAUCAACUGGUUCUACCGCCCCAAAGACAUCGGGCGCAAGGCCGUAGACACGCGUCAGGUCUUUGCCACGAUGCACUCCGACAUUAGCCCGCUGACGGCGCUGCGCGGCAAGUGUCGCAUAAUGCACCGCGGCGAGAUUGACAGCAUGGACCAGUUCCGCAAAACGCCCGACAGCUUCUGGUACGAGAAGCUAUACGAUCGCUACAUACAAAAGAACUACGACCUCAUCCCAACCGCCAGCAUCGUUAAUGUCCCCGACAAGGUCAAGAAGGUGCUCGACGAGCGCUGGAAGUUCGUCUUGGUGGAGCAGGGUCGUGGUAAGGAGCUGACUAGCGCCGUCAAGCUCUGCAAGAGAUGUAGCGGCUACUGUGCAAGCAAUGAUUCUGUCGACUGCGCGGUAUGUCACAAUACAUAUCACAUGAAUUGCGUGCGGCCGCCGUUGCUCAAGAAGCCGUCGCGUGGGUUUGCAUGGUCCUGUGCCGCCUGUAGCAGGGCCCAGGAGCGGAAACUUGAGGCCCGCAACACACCUAAUGGCACCGACGCCAACGGUGACCCCGACGAUGACGAGCUUCUUGACGAUGACGAUGAGGACGCUCAAGGCAUCGAAACCGACCGCACUACCCCAGCAGACGAGGAGCACCACCAUCAAGGUACCGCUGAGCAAAUCUACCAAGCGAGCCUCUGGCCGUGGCGGUAUCUGGGAAUGCACUGCAAGCCGGAGGAUGCGCUCGACUACGAUGACCGCAUAUACCCUCGGGCGAGCACGCGCAUUGGCCCGCGCCACCAGGCAAACGUCACACCAUGGCCUGGCCGUCCCGUCGAGUAUGUUAAGCCGCUAGAGAUCAGGAGGGGACCAAGAGGCCCGAAGAUCUCCAAAGAGGCCCUGGAUGCCGAAAAAGUCCAGCGCGGCAAACGACCAAAGUGGGUCCAAGAUCAACCUCCUGGCUACGUCGCUCGUGGCGAGGAUCACGACGAGAACGACCCAAACGCUACCUCGACGCUCCUCUGGAAGCCCCCUUCUCAUGAUGAGAUCAGUGAUGGGGGGGUCAAAGACUAUAUGAAGGAGGCACAAGGCUUCGCAAAGAAGCUCGGCCUUCCGGAGCGCUCUACCAACCUCCAAGAUAUCGCGCUUGAGACUCUCUUCCAGCACAAUUAUGAGUCGUCGGCCGCUCUCAAGGAUCUUCCGGACACAAAGCAGGAUGUGUUCAAAGAACCUCUGUUGACCUCGGCUGAACAGAAAAAGUUUGAGGAAGGUGUGGCCAAGUACGGCUCAGAGCUUCAUUUGGUCAUGAAGCAUGUGAAGACGAUGACACCAGGGGAAGUUGUCCGCUACUACUAUACGUGGAAGAAGACGGAGCGUGGUCAACAAGUAUGGGGUACCUUUGCCGGCAGAAAGGGCAAGAAGCACGCUAGAAGGGCGGAAGAGGCAGCCAACAAACUCGCUGACGACGUGGCGGACCACGACGAUGACUCUGCGUUCGACACAGCCAAGGCAGCGGAGAAGAAGCGGAGUUUCAUCUGCCAAUUUUGUUCUACGACUACGUCUCGCCAGUGGAGGCGGGCUCCAAACAUCUCUUCCGGACUCGUCGGCGACAACGCAAAUAAGGGAAACGGAAAAGACAAAGGCAAUCAGUACGUUGUUGCCCUUUGUCGGCGAUGCGCAGAACUAUGGCGUCGAUACGGCAUCCGUUUUGAGGAGAUGGAGGAGGUGGCCAAGAAAGUGGCUCAGUCUGGCGGAAGGGCCUGGAAGCGGAAACAAGAUGAAGAGCUCUUGAAGGAACUCCAGGCUGCUCAAGAAAUGGGUCUCAUGACUCCAGAUCGCGACGUUACGCCCAUGAGCGGCUCCCUGAAUUCUGUCCAGGAGCCUCCGAGGAAGAAGCUGAAGGGUGCGCCUGGUCCCGCCGACAAGGACCAAGACUCAGCAUACUCCGACGGUGGCGGCGUUCCAAGCUCCGGUCUCUCUAAGAAGAAGGACAAGUACGUCGAGAGCACGCCUAUUCCAGAGAUGCCGAAGCCCCGUGUCCUGCCUUGUGCAGUCUGCGACCAAAUGGAACCUCUAGGCGAGCAGCACAUCUCGUGCCGCGAGUGUCGCUUGACUGUACAUCGCAACUGCUACGGCAUCAUGGACAACCGCAUGCAAGGCAAGUGGAUCUGCGACAUGUGUUCGAACGACAAGAACCCGCAGCUCUCAAUUCAAUACAAAUGCGUGCUUUGUCCGGUGGAGCAUACCGAACAAGACUUCGUCGAACAGCCCAAACUCACUCAUCACAAGAAGAAGAUGUCAGAGAAAGACCGCGAACGUGAGAAGCUGGAGGUGCAGCAAGCGCGCAAGGCUGCCGAGUACUACCGCAAGCAGCAGGAAGACCUGAACCGCCCAGUAAACCCCCGAGAACCACUCAAACGUACGGCAGACAACAACUGGGUUCACGUAACUUGUGCGGUGUGGACUCCCGAGGUCAAGUUUGGAAAUGCGAAGGCCCUCGAGCCGUCUGAAGGCAUCCCGUCGAUCCCGCGGUCCAGAUACGACGAGGUGUGUCAGGCUUGCAACCAGCAGGGGGGCGCCUGUAUCUCCUGCCAUCAGUGCCGCGUGCCAUAUCAUGUCGAAUGUGCGCGGCAGCAAGGCCAUCUACUUGGCUUUGAUGUCAGCCCUGUCAAGGGGUCUCGUCGGGACCAGUUCAACGUUGUGACUCUGAAUGGGGAGACGGGAACGAUGUCGGCUGUCCUGUGGUGCAAGGACCACAUUCCGACCAAGACGAUUGCACACCACAUGCACGAGAUGGUGAGCGAAUCUGGUCUGAAUGCCUUACAGUUCUACGCCCAAAACUACAAGCAGGCGGACCUUACUUUGACGGGGACUGUCCGCAAGGCCAAUCUCAUGAUGAAUGCCGCCAAGGUCUCUGGAGUUCCAACCCAAUCCAGCGGUCCCAGGAGACCGUCUGGUGCUGGCACGACUACAGCGAUUGCAAAUGGCACAGGGUUACAUGCUCGAAACGGCGAGCCCACUGAAGCAGCGAUGAACGCAUUGCAACCUGGGGAGAAGGUUUGCAUCACUUGUGGAAUUGAUGUGACGCCCAAAUGGUGGCCAAUCGACGACUCGCAGGAGCGGAAGCUCACAAACGGCCAUCAUGGCGUGAUCGGCUCCGAGGCACGCAAGUUCGUGGACCAGCGCAAGUUCCAGUGUCAUCAGUGCCGCAAGGCGCCUCGCACGAAACCCUGCGUGCCGCAGCACUCGCCGCCCGCGGCCGAGCCUCCUCGGCUCUCUCACGCGAUGCCGCCUGCACCACCCACGGCGGUUCCCCCGUUGCGAAGCCCGCCCGCGGCCCCCUCCGAUUACCGUCCGUUGCGGUCUGAGAUACACUCACUACUGCAUCACCCUGCUCUGAACGAACGGCCGCCGCCGCCUGUCCCCGUCGCGGCUGCCGUGCCGCAACACAUCGACUCUCGACCUCCGGCUGUGACACAUCCGUACGGCGCAGCGCCGCACCCACGGUCAUACAAUGAAUGGAGUCACCUGCCUAGACGCCAACACGGCUCGCCGCCUCGGCAUCUCAAUGGAGGCCCUCCGCCGCUUCAUGGAGGGGCUCCGGCGCCACCCCCGUUGUCGAACCUUACCUCUCUGCGACCCCCGGCAAUGACUGCUCCUCCGCCAGUUGCUCCCCUUUCGGUGGGUCACCAUCAUGCACACGGGUCUCCCGUAUAUGGAAAUGGCCUGCCCCCGUCACCUCGCCGACUGACUGGCCCGGCGCCGCCCGCCCCUUACGUUCCCCCGUACCAUGCAGCGCCCAGUCACCCUCCUCCACCGCCGCAAACCAGAUCGCCAAACCUCAGUAACGGCGUGCCGUCGUCGAGGUAUGAAUCAUCCACUCACGGGAUGCACCCGCAUCCUCAACUCUCCCCAUACCUGGGCUCUCACGGAAGUCCACCAAUGCCAAGGACCGGUCCACCGCCGACUCUUGAGCCACCCGGAUCUGCCGGUUCCAUGGCCUCGAGGCCGCCGGAGAGCCGACCUGCCAGCGGGGCCAGCGCGAGCCCAUCGCUGAGAAACUUGUUGUCAUGAAGAGUUUGUUGUCUUUAAAGUAGCGGGGGUGUUCAGGGGCCAGCCUUCUCCUGCUAGACAGGGAGAGGAACAUUUCAGGAUGGAGUUUUGCAUCUCACGGUUUGCGUUUCUCGAUUUGGUUUCUGGAAGGAGUAUGGGAGUUUCCAUCAUGGGUCCGUGUCGCUCGGCCUACGCUGGGCCCACCUAGGACACAUCUUUGACGCCCCUAAACAAAGCGAAACACGAAGUCUAUGUACAAUAGAGGAAUGGCGGUGAGCAAAAGAAGGAGUUGGGCGUUAGAGAGUUCUGGCGAUGCGACCCCCGAUCGGGGAUGCGAAGUUAGUCGUGUUCGCCGUUGUCAAUCCUAAGAGAAAAGACCUCUAGGGCAUAGAGAGCUACUAUAUUCAAGUGAAGAUGAC